CAACUAAGCUGAAAUUUACACUGAAAGGGACAAAAAUAUAGUUUGUGUUACUAAGAAUGAAUAUUGUGAUUUCCAGACAUCUGCAGACUAUGGAAAUAUCCUUAACUGAGUGAUGCUCGCUGUUAGACAGGAGUCUUUAGAUCAUGAAUGGGAAAGCGAAUAACUAUGAAGGUGCUUUACUUUUCUACUGUACCAUACUCGGUCAACUGUGAACAAGUUUACUGCGUGCUGAUAUGGUCUCGUAUAGUACUCAGAUGAGAAAGGGUCAGCGAUGUAUUUGGAUUAUCGAACAUUGAUAGGGCCAGAUUCAACUACUAUGGGAACAUGCUCAUGUUGAAUAUGUAAUGCAAUGGAUUCAUUUUUACGUCAUUCAGCCGAAGCCCUUCGUUCAAGUUGUAAAAGUAAAUGGAUUCUUGUUGUUGGAAAUGAAGCAUGUGAUCUAGAUAGUACAGCAUGUGCACUUGCCUAUGGAUAUUAUAAACAAACAAAACUUGGAAAUGAGUUCAUUGUUAUACCUGUAUGUAGUAUCAAUAGAGAAGAUAUGGUUCUGCGCACUGAAGUUACCUUCUGGCUUACUCAAUGUGGUCUCAAAUGGGAUGAGUUGAUUUAUCUGGAUGAUGUUUUUAAUGAAACCUAUUCAAAAGUGAAUGAAAAUGAAUUAUUUUUGGUUCUAGUUGAUCAUCAUUUACCAACGAAAAAGUUUAAUGAAUGGCCAGUCAUUGAAAUAAUUGAUCAUCAUCAGUUAGUUGAUAAUGAAACCGUUGAGAAUUGUCCUUUUAAGCAAAUUGAUCUUGUCGGAUCCUGUGCCACUCUGAUCACAUUCGAAAUUUUGAAAGGGAUGGAUGGUAAUUGUUUACCAAGCAAUAUAUGGAAGUUGCUUUAUGGUGCCAUACUUAUUGAUACAAUCGGACUUUCUAAUGCUGGUCAAAUGGCUGGACGUUUAACAGAAUUAGAUCUUCGCAUGGCUAAUCGUAUCGAAGAUAUUAUUUACAAUCAGAUUUUCACGCCAAAUAUUUCAAGAAAUUCCUUAUUUACUCAACUGGAAGUAGCAAAAUUUAACGUUAAUGGGCUGUCUACAUGGGAUUUAUUACGUCGUGAUAUGAAAAUUGUUUCUAGUCCAAAUAAAGAUGCGUUCCAAUUUGUGUGCUCUACUGUAUCUGGAGUUGAUUUUACGAUGUUAAUCAAUUCUCCUGACUUUACUGAAGCAGCCAACCGGAUUUGUGCUAAAUAUAAUGCCAAUUUACUUGUUUGUCUUACUGUUGGUUAUCCCCUAUCGGAAAGUUCAUCGAUACCUUCAUCGGAGUUGACAACUUUUCGAAGAAGAUCUCUGAUUUUGUAUAAUAUGAAUUUUCCUGCUGGACAUUAUAGUGAUCUGAUUAAAUUUCUCCUGGAUCCGAAGCUUAAUCUAGAAUUAAUUCCUCAGUCUAUCCCUGACUUCAGUCAUUUUAUAGCAAUUGUGAAUAAUGUCAAAAUGACACGUAAAAUUCUACUACCUUUAUUGGUACAGUUUAUUCAGCAAUUGGGGUCUCCAAGUGAUACUGGAACUUCUAAUAACAAUCCCAAGAAUGAUAUCGACAGUAAUGAUGAUUGUAACAAUGUUGUUAUGAAGUCGGACACAAGCAUCAAUAUCUCUUCAACAAACACUAAAAGUUCACAUUCACUUGAUACAAGUCCCAAGUGUUCAUCGGAUCUGAAAGAUAAGGCGAGGAAUGCUACUAAAUUUGCUCUAAAAGAUGUCAUUCCUUCUCUCAAGAAGUGGCUUUUACCUUUGCCUUCUCAUGAGAGAUAUGAAUUUCUGAGAUCCUUUUGUCAAUGCUCUCUAAAAGAAAAUGAUAGUCCAUCAUUGGAUUUACUAAAUAGUUUAUGGACCAGUAUUUGGUGUGAAACUAGAAAAACUUCUAAAACUGUUAAAUCUGCCGUUGGUACACAAACACCUCUACCGAAAUUAAUGUGGUUGAAGUCACACCAUACCCGACGUGUUGCGAGUAUGGUUCAAGGUAAUAGUUCAGCAAUGAGAGCAAUUUCAGGUAAAAUGGGGGGUUUCAAAUCUACUCGGCGUUUCAGCUUAUCAGAUACCAAAGAUCUUACACUAUAUAGUGAAAAAAUACCUAAAGGUCGAUUGGAUCUCUCAUCAUCACGUUUUAUCCAUCGUAUAUCUGAUGAAAAUUUAUGCAUUUCCGAUUCUGAAAAUACUAAACCCAGUUGGUUAGAGACUGAAUAUUUAACUCGCAUUCCUGCCUGGUUACCGUCUACUUUUACAUCAACUUCCUUAGAUUCAGCUGAAGCAAUCAGUUAUAGACUUUAUCGUCGUUUGUCAGGAAUGCCGUCGUCCAAGGAUUACGAAGAUGAAGUGUCUUACGACCAUACAUCGUUUCAAAGAGAUAAUCAUGAUGUUCACAUCAUACAUAAUAAAGAUCAGGACAAUGAUUAUAAUAAACUUGAAGAUGAUGAAUUAGCUUUACUCCGAACAUCUUUUACAGAUUGUCGACAAUUAUUCUUAGAUAAACAAACAUCAACAUCUAAUUUAUCCAACUAUACUAGCUGGCUUUCUAGUCAUCCGGAUCAUAUCACCGAACAAGGUCUUAAGUUUCUUAAAUUAGACUUCGACCUUCAGCCUGCGAAAACUGAAGAUAUAGAUAUGACACUAAAAAUGAAUAAAUCGAUACUUACUAACGAACAACAAAGUCACCAAUCCUUUCAUGUUACAUUUGAUCUUGGCUGUACAGAAAAUUCCAAAUUAAUGAUAUCAGGCGAGCCAAUGGAUGAAUAAUUUCAUAAAACCAAAUAUUAUUCAAUUAUUAUCAGUUCAUCGAAAAUCGAAUAUUGAUUAUAACAUGAAUUGGUUAAAACAAUUUCUUUCAAAUUAUCCACAUGUUAUUCGUUUUAAUUUUUUAAAAUUAACUUUAGAUUUCUUUUCAAAAAUAUAAUCAUUUCCCUUAUUGUAGUUUUGUUCGUUUGUUUUUUCUUUGUUUACCUUUCUGAAUAUGUUAAAUGUUUCAAUAUAUUUGGUUAGUUUAUACUAAUACUCUUGUAAUUAGAUACACUAUUUUAUUAUAUAAUUAUUAUAGUUAUUUCAUGCUUUUCAUGUUGUUUAUAAUUUCACUUAUCUCUUGAAUUCUUUUGUUGUUGUUCUCUUUUUUUUUAAUUUCUUUUCCUUCUUUCUCUUUAGUUAUUUCAUAAAUGUUUUUUUGUCAAUUAGAUCUAUAUUUGUUUUGACAAUUGUCGUUUACAUUUUCAAGUCAAUAAUUUUAGUUUCCUUUUGUGUUUACUUUAGUUGUUUAUAUUUUUAUUUUUAUAUCUAGAAUAUUCAUGUUUCAUAUUCAUUGUUAACAACGGUAAUAAUAAUAAUAAAUUCGAUGUUAUUAAUUUCUUGAUUAUGUUCUUUCAUAUUUUGUUUUUAUUUUUUUUAAAAUGUAUCACAUUGAAUCACUAUCAUUGACCUAAUUUAAAAGUUACAUGGAUGAAGUUUGAGUAUAGUGUUAUAUACAUUGAUAAAGUUCAUGAUUGGUUUAUCUCUUGCUCGAACAAUAUUGAGUUCAUGUUUACAUAUUUCAUGAUCGAUAAUAUUAGCAUAAUUAAGGAUAUUGAUAUUGUUUUAGGAAUUAUCAGUGAUAUAAUUGUUAAAGCAUUUAUAUUUCAAGUAAUAAGUUGCAAAGUUAGGACCUUUCACCAUGUACUUCAUUUCGGACAACAGGGUAUCAAUGCUAAUCAUCAGAUAAACAUUGUGACCAGAAGUAUGAUAAAUAAACCGAUAACUGGCAAAUCAAUCAUAUUAUACGCUAACAAGUAGAUAUCUGAUCUCAUGUCAUCGUAUAAUCGGUUACCUAUUGUUUCCUUUUCCACUUAUGUUUUGAUGUAUGUUUAUAGUUGUAACAACUUAACCUAAUAUCUCAUUUUAGUAAUGGCAAUGUAAAUAAUCAAUAUUGCUUUUUUUGGCAUGUUUAUACAAGGACACAUUACAUACGUCUUUUGGUUUAGUGUUUGAAAUUAUAUAUGAUGGUAGUGCGUAAAUACCUAAAUACACUAACUGGAACAAUAAGCAUACUAGAAGAUAUACAAAUAUUAUCUCGAAAAUGGGAUAGAAAAUUCAUAGAUGUUUCCAAACUAAGAAGUGUUUAGUAAUCCCAUUAACAUUCCUGACGGUUAUAUUUUUCCACAUGGUUUCCUCCAAUUUUAGACUUUUUCAUCACCAAAACCAAUUCUUCAUAUUUAUGUCUUCGGCUUAAAUCUUAAGUUUGAUUGUAUGGGAACUGUUGACAUUGCCUGACCUGACAAGUCAAAGUCAAUAAAAUAGUUCGAGUCCAAUGCUCUCAAACUAAUUGUGCAGUUAUUUUCAUGCUACUAAUCUACACCGUGAACUAGUGGUCACCUACUGGAAUUCCUCUCUUAUUUCUUUACUGUGAAGUAAUAAAACCAUCAUUUAUUAAUUAUCAUAAUUAUCUAGUUCGAAUUGAUUAGUUAUUUUCUAAUAUAACUGUACUGUUUACACUUUUUCUAGAUGUCAUCUUAUAUAUGAUUGUA